AAAUCCAAAACCAAACACAAGAAGCUCCGACUGAAUAAACGCCAGAGGCGGCGGCACCAGGAAAGCGAAGCCCUCUCCCUCUACAGUCUCUCCACGCGGGGCACAGAUCACCACUCGCCGCCGCCGCACAUCCACACCGGCGGAUAUGGAGCGCGCCGGUGCCGGCGCCGCGCCGGGGGUCCCUGCGGCAGGGGAGGGCGCGGCGGCGGCGGCGGCAGCGGCAGCGCCGACUCCGGUGGCAGGGGCAGGGGUGGUGAAGGGGAGGUCUUGCAAGGGCUGCCUCUUCUACUCUUCGGUGCUCAGGUCCAAAGGGCGCGGCCCCGUCUGCGUCGGCGUCACCCGCGGCAUCCCCCAAGUUCCUGAUCGUAUGGUUGGAGAAAUUGAGCUGGGAGCUAUCCAAGAAGGACGCAACCUUUCCAACUUCAAAUAUGCAUGUGCUGGAUAUUCCAUAUACCUAGAUGACAAGGAUAGCUCUACAGUGAAGGGAGAGAAGCAUGCAGAGCUCCCUAUCUGUGUCGGAGUUGAGCUAUUGACAGACAGAGCUCCAACUAAACAAGCUCCAGCUCACAUGACUAAACAAGCUCCAGCUCACAUGAAAAAAGAAGCUACUCAAGCACAUGGACACAAACCUGCGCUGACACAAGCCGAUUUCAUAACCAAAUUUCAGAGGAAUGCUGGACUUGUGGCCAGCGGUGUGGUUAGGAACAUGAAUAAAGUUGGGACUUACGUCAAAGACACGGUGGAUGACAUCCUGUACCCGUACCGCAAGCGUCCCAAGUAAAACCUAGCAUUUGUUCUCUCAAGUCCUGGAGUAGAAUAGAGAAAAACGUGGGGGCAUGUAAUCUAUUACUUCCGGCGUAGGAGUAGCCUCGCUUGGUUUCUGAGGCUCUGGCUGGGAUUUCACCGUUUGCCAGCUCAUGCCUAACGCUAACGGGCUGUUGUAUGCCUGUUUCGAUUCGUAUCAUGUUUCUUUGGUAGAGCCUCUCCGCUCCCCAACUUGCAAUGCGGUCUUCAUUCUGCUGGUUCCUCCAGCAAAGUGUAGGAUGCAAUGUAACAAAACUAUAAAAGAGCUCAUCUUUUGCAUAUUUGAGGCUAUCCUUUGGAGAAUAAUAAAGUAAUAAUUGGCCGCCAUUUUGGCUUCCUUUGCUGGAUUUA